GCGCCAGAAACUGGUUUGUAGAUAACUGUUCAGAUAAAGCGAUGAAAUCCGGAGCGUCCAUUCGGGCUCUAGUUCUGACUCCGGAACGGAUCCCGACCUUCGUCAUCCCAUCUUCUUACCGGGCCUCUCCCAUGUUCGACCGGGACUCCCCGACCCGCUCCAGGCUCCUGUUGGAAGAUGACGACGAGGACCCAACCGGAACCAGCCCGACUCGGUCCUCCUCCUGGCGUCGCCGGCGCUCUCCACUGGCCUGCCGCCAUCGCGUCGCCGACACGGACCCGACGACGCGAGCGGCGAUGUCGCUGCCGCACGUACCGAAGGUGACGACGUCUUACGGCUUCCGCGGCGUGUUGGCCACCACGCCGUCCACCAACCGGAGGGAGUCUCUGUUUCACCGCAGCAGACGCGUUAAGGUGACUGUGAAUGCCGCGGUGCCAAAAGACGCAGCGGAAGUUUCUCCCACCGGAGGGUCCCGGGUCAGCUUGCGGCCCGUUAAGGCGCUGGGCCUGAAUAUGAUGGAGGAGCUGAAGAAAGCUGCAGCUUCUCUGAAGGCGCUCAGUCCUGCUGCUCGUUCUUAAAUGAGAUGAUCUCAAUUUACUCAAGUUUUAUA